AUGGCAAAUGAGAUAUCGGGAACGGAAGGAGGCCAAGAGAAGGAGACGUGGACAUAUUUACCCGACAGCAGCGAUGAGGAGAGCGCCGCACAUGAUGCACAGCCAUCGUCAAAGCCUUCUUCAGCACAUGAUGGAACUGAUGAGACUGCGACAGAUUCGGAACCGGAUUCUGCAUUCUUGAGUGAUUCAACAACAACAGCUCGAACUACGCCUCCUAAAUACCAUUUGUGGUCACGUGAUGCUGCAUAUACCGAACUCCGUCGUCGAGAAUUUAUGGUUGGCUUACACAAACGCGGUGUUCCUGUGAAACAUGAUGCAAAAGAUGCAUCUAUGGAUACCGGCUAUGCUUGUAAUGUCUCAGCGGAUACAUCCUUUAGUGGGGACAAAUACAACGACGAUAGUGAUAGCAAUGAAGCCGACGAUGUAACCGAUGAGAUGUUGCAGGCACGCGUAGCAAAGAACGCUCAGAUAAUACGUGAGCAGUCAAUUCCCAGCACCGCCUUCAGUCGAGGCUGGAAAAAAGAUUAG